CUGACGGGGAGCAGCGAGCUCGGGACAUGGAGAAGGCACGGCCUCAGUGGGGCCAUCCGCUGCAGUUCGUGUUCGCCUGCAUCUCCUACGCCGUGGGUUUGGGCAACGUGUGGCGCUUCCCUUACCUGUGCCAGAUGUACGGCGGAGGGAGUUUCCUGGUCCCCUACAUCAUCAUGCUCAUUGUGGAGGGGAUGCCACUCCUGUACCUGGAGCUGGCCGUGGGACAGCGCAUGCGGCAGGGCAGCAUUGGUGCCUGGAGGACCAUCAGCCCCUACCUCAGUGGUGUCGGUGUUGCCAGUGUUGUGGUCUCCUUCUUCCUCUCCAUGUACUACAAUGUCAUCAAUGCCUGGGGCUUCUGGUACCUCUUCCACUCCUUCCAGGAUCCCCUGCCGUGGUCUGUCUGCCCACUGAACAGCAACCACACAGGCUACGAUGAGGAGUGUGAGAAGGCUUCGUCGACACAGUACUUCUGGUACAGGAAAACACUCAACAUCUCACCGUCCAUCCAGGAGAAUGGAGGAGUGCAGUGGGAGCCAGCGCUGUGCCUCACCCUGGCCUGGCUGAUGGUCUAUCUGUGCAUCCUGAGAGGCACCGAAUCUACUGGCAAGGUGGUCUACUUCACCGCAUCGAUGCCUUACUGUGUUCUUAUUAUCUACUUGGUCCGUGGCCUUACACUCCAUGGAGCCACCAAUGGCCUGAUGUACAUGUUCACACCUAAGAUGGAACAGCUAGCCAACCCCAAGGCCUGGAUCAAUGCAGCCACGCAGAUCUUCUUCUCACUGGGCUUGGGUUUUGGCAGCCUGAUCGCUUUUGCCAGCUACAAUGAACCCUCCAACAACUGCCAGAAGCAUGCCAUUAUUGUGUCCAUCAUCAACAGCUCCACCUCCAUAUUUGCCAGCAUUGUCACCUUCUCCAUCUAUGGCUUCAAGGCCACCUUCAACUAUGAAAACUGCUUAAACAAGGUGAUUCUGCUGCUGACCAAUUCUUUUGACCUUGAAGAUGGCUUUCUGACAGUCAGCAACCUGGAGGAGGUGAAGAACUACCUGGCAUCUACUUACCCAAACAAGUACAGUGAAGUGUUCCCACACAUUAGAAACUGCAGCUUGGAAUCAGAGCUGGACACGGCUGUCCAGGGCACAGGCCUGGCCUUCAUCGUCUACACUGAGGCCAUUAAAAACAUGGAAGUUUCCCAGCUCUGGUCAGUGCUCUACUUCUUCAUGCUGCUGAUGCUGGGUAUCGGAAGCAUGCUUGGAAACACAGCGGCCAUCCUCACCCCUCUGACUGACAGCAAGGUCAUCUCCAGCUACCUGCCCAAGGAGGCCAUUUCAGGUUUGGUAUGCCUCAUCAACUGUGCUGUUGGCAUGGUGUUCACCAUGGAGGCUGGGAACUACUGGUUUGACAUAUUCAAUGACUAUGCGGCCACCCUGUCUCUGCUGCUCAUUGUGCUGGUAGAGACCAUAGCUGUGUGCUAUGUGUAUGGGCUGAAGAGAUUUGAAAGUGACCUUCGGGCCAUGACUGGCCGCACCCUCAGCUGGUACUGGAAGGUCAUGUGGGCGUUUGUGAGUCCACUGCUCAUCGUCGGCCUCUUUAUCUUCUACCUGAGUGACUACAUCCUCACGGGAACACUGCAGUACCAAGCCUGGGAUGCUACUCAGGGGCAGUUGGUGACCAAGGAUUACCCCCCACAUGCGCUAGCUGUCAUCGGUUUGCUGGUGGCUUCAUCUACCAUGUGCAUCCCCCUGGUGGCCCUGGGGACUUUCAUCAGGAAUCGCCUCAAGAGGGGAGGCUCUGCCCCAGUGGCCUAAGAAUGGACCUCCCAGAGACCGGAAGUCAGCCACUCUGUUUCACAGUCACUGCCUGCUGGUGGGAACUUCUUGGCUGGAGUGCUGGUCUG